CCGCAAAAUGGUGCAGCGCUUGACUUUGAGGAGACGUCUGUCCUACAAUACCAAGUCCAACAGGAGGCGCAUUGUGCGCACACCCGGCGGCCGCCUGGUAUACCAGUACGUCAAGAAGAACCCAACUGUGCCACGCUGCGGUCAGUGCAAGGAGAAGCUAAAGGGCAUCACACCAUCUCGCCCCAGCCAGCGGACUCGCUUGUCGAAACGUCACAAGACAGUCUCCCGCACCUACGGAGGUGUGCUUUGCCAUGGCUGCCUGCGCGAGCGUAUUGUGCGUGCUUUCCUCAUCGAGGAACAGAAGAUUGUCAAGGCCCUGAAAAGCCAGCGUGAGGCAUUGGUGAAACCCGUCAAGAAGGUGGUUGAAAAGAAACCCACCAAGGCGGCCGCAACCAAGAAACCCGCCGGCAAAACCGGAGCCAAGGGCGCUGUAAAAACUGCGUCGAAGAAACCCGCACCUAAAACCGGUGUUAAGUCCAAGAAGUAAAUGUUAAGAGAUUUUUGUUUGAAACAAUAAUUGGACGCGGAAUAAUUUUUAAUAAACAAAAAAUACAAAUAUUCAA